AUGGCCCGGAGCUUCAGUAUCGGACCAGCGCAGAUAGUCGCACUAUUCAUGACGUGCAUCUUUUACGGGAUAUUGCUGGUAACGACGGGCCAUUGCUUGAACGUUCUCCUUCUCAAGAAGACUGGCAAGACAGGAGCUCACCGCCUAGCCUUAGUCGUCACGAUUUACAUGUUUGCUGUUGCAAGUAAUGAUACGGCGCUGUGCUUGGUACACGUUCUGGACGCCUUCGCGUACUAUACGGGUCCAGGUGGAGCUGAAGGGGAAUUGAGCCACGUUUCGUCCUGGAUCAAUGUCGUGAAACUCGUCAAUUAUCUCCUGCAGACCACAGUGGGAGACCUCAUCCUGGUGUGCACCCAUUCUGCCUUCAAACACUCACCUUGUCAAUGA